GCGAUGAGGUGUGUGUGUUUGUGUGUGAGUGUGUGUGUGUGUGUGUGAGUGUGUGUGUGAGUGCACUGCUGCAUCUUUUACCCCUCACAGGAUUGCUUCUCCUGUUUGAGCAUAUUUAAAAAGGAAUAUUGACUGUUGCUAGUUGGCAUCUUUUAAGAGUGUAAUCAUCAUGGGCUGCUGCUCGGCGCGAUGCAUGCUGGUCCUGCUGUGCUGUUUUCAGCUGAUCACUGCGCUGGAGAGACAGGUGUUUGACUUCCUUGGCUUCCAGUGGGUUCCCAUCAUGAUAAACUUCAUUCACAUCAUCCUGGUCAUCCUGGGCAUAUUUGGUGCCAUACAGUGCAGAACACGCUACGUUAUCUUGUACCUGCUGUGGAUGCUCUUAUGGCUCAGCUGGAACAUCUUUGUUUGCUGUCUGUACUUGGACUUGGGAGGAAUUUCCAAAGAGAGUGACAUUCUCUCUCUUAGAGUGUCGUCGCAUCGCUCUUGGUGGAAGGAAAACGGGCCAGGCUGUCAAAGCGAGCGGCUUCCGUCCACGGGCUGGCAGAACCAGAACCAGGGGAACCCAGAGCUGACCACUGUGCUGAGCUGCUGGCUGGAGUACCAGUACAUAGAAGCCCUGCACAGCAUCAUCCAACUCUUUAUAUCACUCCCAGCAUUUGUUUAUGCUUGCUAUGCGGUCAGUCUUUUCUCCAACGAAGAGAAUACCUUCGAUACAAUUGGUGAGUUUCACAGCCCAUCCAAAUCACCUCACUUCUUCUACUAGUCUAAACAGCUGCGAUUAUAAGGAACCUUGUUGACAAAGACGACCACCCAUGUGAUGACAUUUCUUCAGCUGUUUGUCCUUAUUUAAAUCAUAUUUCAUGGAUGUUAAACUACAGUGAUGCGAAAAAAAAAGUACAAAUAGCAUGGUGUUUGAG